AUGGCGAGAAGGAGUCAAGUCAAUCAUAUACAAGAUGGAGAGAGAUCAUUAGCAGACAGAGAGACAGAAAAGACACUCUCAAUCAUUCACCACCCCUCAUACAAAAUGCCAUCCUUCACCGAAACCCCCUCAACCACAGCCAAUACGGCCCCAAACACCACUACGGUCGACACCUCCAAUCAAUCUACCGAGACAGUACAGAAGACCGAGGCUCAACUAGAGGCGGAUAGACUGUACGAGGAAAGAAUCGAGGAGGAGUAUGCUAAGAGAGAAGGUGGUGCUUAG